AUGCAUAGAGAGUACGUGAAAUGCUGUCUGGAAAGACAAAUCGAACCCGCAUCCAUUACAGUACUGAAAAAUGUAAUGAAGGACGAAAAUAUUGCCAUACAUAAACCAGAAAAGGACCAAUGUGACAUAUGUUGCAGUCACAAACUUGGGUAUAUUCCUGAUGAAGAGUAUCAGCUUAACAUUCAGAGAAAGAAUGAUGCAAGGGACGAUAAAAAUGCUACUAAAGCUAGAGCAAUAGCAAAUAAUGACUACUUAGCAAUUACCAUGGACCUGCGAAGUGUUCUUUUUCCAGAAGGAAUUAUAUGGUACAAGAUGCAUUUCAAAGAAGACUGGGAAGAACCCACGCAACGUCGUCAGUCUGCAACUGACAGGGAAAGGUUAACACAACUUUAUGACAAACCACUGUCUAUAUCAGAAUCUAAAUUUAAAGAUCUUCAGAACUUAAAAUCGGCUAUUGAAAAAGAGUACCAUGCUUUAUAUGGUAACCUGUCAUUUAAACUAUUUAGUGAAAAUGCAGCUGAAAACCACAAUAAAAAACCCGAGGAAAAAACUGAAAAUGAAAGAGGAGUUCUAAGAAAACAAUCCGGUAACAAGAGACCAACUGAAAAGUUACAAAAAGAUAAGAAGCUGUCCUCUGAAAAUGCAGCUGAAAAUUAAAAAGAAAAAAGUGCCAGGUUCUAAGAAACAACCCGACAAGAAAAACCAACAGAAAAGUCGUAAAUAAAUAUAUACAUAAUUUAAAGAACAAUAAAAAAUUAACAAAAAUUUACUAAACAGUAAAAUUAAUUUGUAUUUUUGUUUUUCUUUAAAUGUGUAUUUAUUUAGCGACUUCUGUAAAUUUCAGUUCAGUUUUUAUAGUGAUGUUAAUACUAUUAGACCAGGGUCGAUAAUUUUGAAAAUGAUAAAAAGUG